GGAGUAAGGCGCGCAUCGGAAGAUAUAAAUACUGUACCGGGCAUUCGGGAGAAAAUGAGCACUGUUAUUGGUCGGUAUAAGAAGCUGGUAUAUGCCACUAAGAAAAAGAAUGCUGCAAGCUCUCAGGGUGUCUGUCCGAAGCAUCUCACACCUGAUGAAGUGUACGGAAAAGUGGACCUACAGCGUCGAUUGCCCGGGCAAGCAUACGGAGAUGCAAAAAAUUAAAACCUUGGAUGAGAUGCCCGGACCGUCUGCCUUUGGAUUCGUGUGGGACCUUAUUGCCAGGAGGGGUCUGUCCCGGCUACACGAGUUACAGCUGGAGGGCCGCCAGCGGUAUGGACCGAUGUGGAAGGCCAGUUUUGGGCCGAUCCUGACAGUCCACGUAGCAGAGCCGGCCCUGAUAGAGCAGGUACUCAGACAAGAGGGCCAGCAUCCCAUUCGCUCUGACCUUUCCUCCUGGAAGGACUACAGACAGCUCCGAGGACACGGCUAUGGGCUGCUGACGGCUGAGGGGGAGGAGUGGCAGUGCGUGCGCAGCCUCCUGGCCAAACACAUGCUGAAGCCCCACGCAGUGGGGGCCUACGACACUGUCCUCAACGGUGUGGUGAGCGACCUGCUGGCCAAGCUGCGGCUGCUGCGCUCCCAGAAUGCCCAGGGCCUCGUCACUGAUAUCGCCAACGAGUUCUACCGCUUCGGCCUGGAGGGAAUUUCCUCUGUGCUGUUUGAGUCCAGGAUAGGCUGCCUGGAACCACACAUCCCGCCGGAGACGGACCGCUUCAUCCAGUGCAUCAACACCAUGUUUGUCCUGACCCUCCUCACCAUGGCCAUGCCAGCCUGGCUGCACUCGAUCUUCUCCAAGCCAUGGGACACCUUCUGUCAGUGCUGGGACUACAUGUUUCACUUUGCAAAAGGUCACAUUGAUCAACGACUGGAGGAGGAAGCAAAAAAACUGACCCGUGGCGAGAAGGUGGAAGGAAGGUACCUGACUUAUUUCCUGUCCAAGCAGGACCUGCCCAUGAAGACCAUCUACAGCAACGUGACCGAGCUGCUGCUGGCUGGUGUAGAUACGAUUUCCAGCACCAUGUCCUGGUCCUUGUACGAGCUCUCCCGCCACCCUGACGUGCAGGACGCCCUGCGCGAUGAAGUCUUGGCCGUGCUGGGAGAGCGGCGGAUCCCCAGUGCAGCUGACGUGAGCAGGAUGCCGCUGAUGAAGGCUGUGGUGAAGGAGGUGCUCAGACUGUAUCCAGUAAUUCCUGGAAAUGCCAGAGUUAUAGCUGAGAGAGAUAUUGAGGUGGGAGGCUACCUCAUCCCGAGGAAUACACUCAUCACCCUAUGCCAGUACGCAACGUCACGUGAUCCCCAGACAUUCUCAGAGCCGGACAGCUUCCUUCCCCGGCGCUGGCUGAGCCGGGAGCUGAGUCACCACCCAUAUGCCUCCCUGCCCUUCGGCGUGGGCAAGCGCAGCUGCGUCGGGCGCCGCAUCGCGGAGCUGGAGCUCUACCUGGCAUUGGCACGGAUUCUAAUCCACUUCGAUGUCAAACCUGAUCCGUGUGGCUCGGCCGUCCGGCCAAUGACCAGGACCUUGCUGGUGCCACAGGGCGAGAUCAACCUGCAGUUCAUAGAGCGCUGACCGGAGGACGGCUGCGGACAUUGCAUGACUGGCCUACGCUGAGAAGAUGAUGCCUGGAGCGAAUAGGCCUGUGAUUUGGAGCCCGUCUUGGGCACAGGACCUUCCAGAAUGAGCUUAGGGGCCUUUUUUUGGUUCCUGGUGAAGCAGCACCGUCGUUCUCAUUUCUGCCUCCAGUUGGCUGGUGGAGUCCAGUGAUGCUCAGCUUGGGGGAAACAGCAUCCGAACCAGGCGAAUUGGGGUCGGAGCAAGAUGUGUGUGUGUGUGUGAGUGUGUGUGUGUGCGUGUGUGUGUGAGUGUGAGUGUAAGGGGCAUAAUGUAUCAGUUGCAGUGUGUCUGACUUACGGUGAGUCACCGUAGUUUCCAGUUUUAAUCAAACAGGCAGGACUUUCUGGCUAAAACUAGCCUCCAUGUUUACAGGCAUCAUGACGAUGCUUCAGAAACCUAUACAGGGUUAAAAAAAACCAUGAAUCCUUAAAAAAAACCAAUACAAGAAUGAGGGACUCCCCUCAAAGGGCCCGGGCCCCAGUCCACGAGCAGAUGAACUGCCAAACAUCGUUGUGAUUUUAGCAGAAAGUGCUAAAGUACUACUUCUAUCUGCCAAUACCAACAGUCUAUUUAUAGGCUGAUGUAAUCAGCUGAACCCUUUUAAAAUAGAAAUUAUUAAAGGUACGGUACAUAGUUCCUAUGUCAGCUCAGACCUGUGGAAGCCAGAGUGUCUAUUUCCAGUGACCUGAGUGUGAUGUGGGUUUUGGGGAUCUAUGUCUCGCGAAGGCCUGGCAUUCGCUAUAAGGAAUUUCAGGUCCUCAGUUCUGCUGAACCACAUGGCUGUAAGUCUUUUGAUGAAAUAAACCUUUAUCCACUGUUAUAAACAAUUUUUGUAACGUGAGAGUGUAGAUUUUGUACAGCUUUACUCACAUUGUCUCUCAGGCGAUAUUGACAGAGAUAUCGGCACCGUAAACCUUUGAUUAACUGUACACCUUUCUUUUCAACUGUAUUUAUGACCCAAAUCCCCCAUGAAAUGCAGUACAGUUUCCAUGAAAUGCAGUACAGCCAGCGUUACUGUUAAUUCUUUUUUUAUCUUGACAUUUCUGGAUAAAAAUGACUGAAAAUGAAUGAAAAUGUAAGUCAUGUGGAAAGAAUUAUGUUAGCGACUGUGCAUAGUUAUUCCUAAACGUGGCGUUUUCGCCGUAUUUUAUUUUGCAUUGUAUCAAUGUUAGGACAUUUUAAUAUUUUUGCCAUUUAAUAAAAGAUGUGACUGUCUCUUUCAAUUUCAUUUUAAAAGCUGUUUUGACCUUUGGUUGCCUUAACUAUAAAUGGACGUUUUUUGGACAGUAA